UGCCUCAUCUCAGUAAAUUCAUUCGUCCUUUCACGCAAAAGAACGUAGCCUAUAAGCAACAGCUACACUUAAUCUUAUCAAUCGAAUAUUGAACAGAAAUUGAAGGGUGUUGUGUUGAGUUUCGCUGACAAGAACAUCAGUGCCGUAGCAUUCUCGGCUUAGUACGAGGAUUUUGCUCCAAGAACCGGCACUUGAGUUUGCAGACUACGAGGGCGUCUUUGGUUGAAGCAAAGGGAUAGAAGGACUGAAGGAUAACCAGAGAUCAUUGUUGAAUCAAUCAACAUGGUUGGAUGGAAUUGUGGUCUCCAUAUUUCAAUCUUCCUUCGAAUUUGUGCAGCGAAUCGGGCGGCGUUUAAGUGCCGCUUAUGCAAAACGGGGGUGUGCUAAUGAUGAACAUACGUUCAAGGAAUCACGGAAGUUGGACUACUGAGCUAAAUCAAGAAAAGCCUGUGCAUCGAAUCUAGGGAACGUACGAAUUAGAGGACUGUUGCCAACUACUCUUUCUCGUUUCUUUCAAUUCAAAACAUGGUUGUGGGCGCAAACGCAGGUGUCACAGUAAGUGCAUGCAGUCAAUGCCACGAUUGAAAAGCAUUCCUGAUUUGUCCAACCCUCCAUCACCAUUCACAAUCAUCGUCCGUCAUCGUUGUCAAAUGAGAUGUACAUGCAUUAUUCAAUGAUAGGUGUCACCGUAAGUACAUGCAAUAUCCAAUGGUGUGAUCGAAAAAAGCUCGACUUUUCUGACCAUCCAUCGUCAUUCACGACCAUCAUCCAUUACCAUUUUUCCGAUGAGACCUUGUAAUCCCAGACACGGUUGGAAGUGAAACCUGCGUGUUUUCUGCGUUUGCGUCUCUGUCUGCGAGGGUGGUGGUCGCAGAGAGAGACAGAGAGAGAUGGGGGAGAGAUACUGUUACAGAGAUGUGCUUCCGUUUUCAGCUGUGAUCACCACGGACAGCAUCUUGGUGGGGGUGACCACGAUGUUCAAAGCAGCCACCUCGAGAGGGAUGAGCGUCCAUGUGUUCCUCUUCUAUGCUUAUGCCCUCGCUGCUCUCCUUCUUCUUCCUGCUCCUUUCUUCUCUCUCAAAUCAAGAGCUCUGCCUCCGCUCAGCUUGGCCAUAGCUGCCAAACUUGGCCUUCUUGGGCUCGUUGGGGGUUUUUCGCAGAUUCUGGGCUAUGCUGGGAUUAGCAUGAGUUCUCCUACUCUGGGUUCAGCCAUCAGCAACCUCACCCCGGCUCUCACCUUCGUACUCGCCUUCCUAUUCAGGAUGGAGGAGGUGUCAUUGAACAGAAGAAGCAGUCAGGCCAAAAUCAUCGGGACUGUACUGUCAGUUUGCGGGGCAUGUGUCAUCACUCUCUACAAAGGUCGCCCAGUUAUCUUCACUCUGAAAUCUUCUCUCUCGCUUUAUCCACUUGUGCACACAUCGAACUCAAACUGGGCCGUUGGGGGGAUUCUCCUCACUGCGUGUUAUGUAUUGACCACUUUGUGGUACAUUCUGCUGAAGCAUAUAAUGAUGGAGUAUCCGGGACCGGCAGAACUGACCAUAAUCUUCUUUUACAAUCUGGUCGUGAGCUUCCUGACUGCCAUUGUCUGUUUAGUGAUGGAACAUGAUAUGAGUGCUUGGAAAGUGCAGGGUAUAGGGUUGGCCUCAGUAAUAUGCUCGGGCCUUUUUGGACAAUGCUUGAGCAGCAUUGUUCACUCAUGGGCAAUCCGGUUGAAAGGCCCUUUCUAUGUCGUGAUGUUCAAGCCAUUGUCGCUUCCUGUGGCUGUUGUGAUGGGUGUCUUCUUUCUUGGUGACACGCUUCAUCUCGGAAGUGUUAUAGGAGCAACCAUACUGUCCAUCGGGUUCUAUAUGGUAAUGUGGGGAAAGGCUGGUUGAGAAGUCUGUAGAGAGUCUGUUGGAAAUCACCAUCCUCUCAAAAAGCCCCUCUACUGUGAUCACUGUUAAUACAACUGAAGUGUAGAACAAAUCUCUGCAGUUGGAUUGAAGAUAGGUGCUGCUUGGAAAAUGAGUGAAAAGGAUUCCUCAACAGUAAGCCUGCACAAAUAGGUGUCGGUGUCGUAUUUAUCAUCGAUCUGAGUCCAAAGUGACCAAAUCAUGAUUGCCUGUCGAUCCUAAAAACUGGAUUGCUUGUUCAAACCAUCAAGAGUUGCAGAUGAAGGGUGUCACUCCAAACACAAAACUGAGCUGUGAUGUGCAAGAAUAAUAGGUCUCUUGCUUCCAAUAUAGUCCAUUUUGAUGUCUACAACUAUCUACUUAGUAGUUACAGAAAUAUGUUGCUUUUAAUUUGAAUGAAUGCUGCUAUAGAUAUAUUUCAAGAUGAAAAAUGAUGAUGACGAUAAACGUUCUUUUUUCCGACAAUGGCAUGGACUUAGUGCACGUACACCCAACUCAGGCCAAUAAUUUUUCUGAUCCUAUGCACUUAUAGUCAAUCAAAGCUGGUCUUACCUUGUUGUUACAAGAAUUUGGCAGCUAUAGCAGCCAAUCUGUACAAUUCCAUCGUGAUUUGCCAAGUUAAGCCAGUUAAAAUCAUUCUUAAGUCUCUAUCAUCGAAAAACCUUUUUGUGGUUUGACAAUUAGCACACUCAAGGUGUCCUAGCUGAGGGGCAUUCAAGUAGACUGAUGUAUGAUGCUGCCGUAAGUAAUAAGGCUAAGCUGGGUGAGGUUAUUGAAGGAAAUGAGUGGUGUUGGCCCCCUCCAAGGACAGACCAACUAGCAGCCAUCAGAGUGUACCGUAUGGUUCGUUAGCUGCAUGUGAUGAUAAAGAAGAUAAGGUGAUCUUCACUGUUUCUAGAUCCAAAAGUUUGCCUCUGUUGAUGCCUGGACCCUGGUUAGAGACAGAAAACAGAGAAUUUCAUGGCAUAGAAUGGUGUAGUUUUCACCCAAAUGUGCCAAAAAUUGCCCUUAUCACAUGGCUGGGCUAUUCAUUACAGAUUGCAAACACUUGAUAGAGUAAAAAAAUGGCAGCAAAUCAAUGAGCAAUGCUUGUUAUGUGGAUCAGCGUAAGAGACUAGACAAAAUAUAUUUUGAGAGUGUUGUUUUUCUAAACAAGUUUGGGGGAGCUGCUGAACUUAAGUGGAUUUUGGAGAGUUAUUGGUACUUAGAGCUCUGAGUUCAGUUGGGUUUUGCUACAGUUAAAAGGUAAAGAAAUUGUCAAGACACUUUUGAUUUUGGCAUGGACUGGAUCGAUUUGCUUCAUUUGGAAAAGAGGAAUGAUGUCCUGCACAAUGAUGUGCUGCUCAAGUAAUUAGAAGUAUCACGUCUGCCGUUCGAGUUAUGAUGCAAAUACUGAUACAUGGAAGGGACCUCUGUUUUAUUCUCAGAUAGUCUUCUUUGUGACCAAUGGAUGGUUUCUGCUGUUUGGUACCAGAAUUAAG